UAUCCAAUUUAUUGAUAAAUCAGCAUAUGAUAAAGUAUUACAGCAACCGCACCAUAUGAUAGAUGAUUACAUUGUAAAAGUGAAAGAAUACAAAUUUUGAUUAAAAGAAAUUGAAAAAAUUCAUUAUUACAUAUCCAUCGAUCAUGGCUGAAAUUAAUGAUUUUGUUGUAACAGAUCUAGAAAAAACAUUUGAAAAAGCAACAAAAUAUGUACAAACCAUAGCAUCAGAAUUAGAUUCUCAACAGUUACUUAAUUUAUAUAGUCUGUACAAACAAGCUACCAUUGGCCCUUGCAACAUUUUCAAACCAAAUUGGUAUCAAGUGCAGGCUAAGCAAAAAUGGGAAGCAUGGAAAAGUCUUGGUGAAAUGGAUCAGGAAGCUGCAAUGAACAAUUAUAUAUGCACGUUAAACAAAAUAAAUCCUACUUGGGAAACAGAUGUAGCAACGGAAUCACGUGCAUGGACCACAGUUAGUAGGUUGCCUAAUACAGAAGGAGAGUUACUUGAUACGGAUAAAACAUUUCUUGAUUGGGUCAAAGAAGGUCAUAAAGAAAAAGUACAAGAAAUUUUAUUAACAAAUUCUACAUUAACAAAUAUGUUGGACGAAGAUGGUUUGUUACCUAUACACUGGGCAGCAGAUCGUGGACAUGUUGCGAUCAUUGAAUACUUGAUUCAACACGGUGCAAAUGUUAACUCCAAAGAUGUCGAUGGUCAAACACCUUUACAUUAUGCGGCAUCAUGCGGACAUAUAGAUGUGAUCAAAUAUUUACUUUCCAUGGGGGCUGAGUCUAUAGAAGAUAAUGAUGGUAUGAAACCAAAAGAUAUUGCAGAUGAAAAAGUGGUAGCUAUUCUUUAAUAAAAUGAUUAUGUGUAUUAGUAAAUUGUACUGUAGUAAUGAUUAUGUUCUUUAAUUACAUGAAUAAAUUUAACGUGUUAAUAAUA